AGCCUUGGCGGCAUAUCAUGGACCCGUGGCGUGCAUAAUCCGUGCGCAAUAACGGAAUGCGCCUUCUGUUAUUAGUGGUUUCCAUCCGCCACAAUAACGGAUUCAUCUUGCAUUUUAUUGUUACCCGGAUCUGGAAAGUUGCUCGCAGUCAUAGCUAAGGAUACCUGGAUCUGAGAGGUCAAUAUUGCUCAGGAUGAAAACGUCAAUGGUCCUUUAUGUGACCAUAUGCACCUAAAUAGUACAUUUUAGCAAGGUAUCAUUAGGUCCGGAUCGGACCUGCAGCCAUAUACCUCCCGCUCCGAACUGAUACCGUCCCGCACCGCACCGCCGAUUGUUGAAAAUUUGAGUUUGCCCCGAUUCCGUACUGAACAGCCACCACUUACGCAGUGCCCGUCCUCGGUUGAAGAUUGCUUCCCCGCGAUACUCAAUUUCACAGUUCGGCUCGAGAUCUGGCUGCUUCGACUAGCAUUCUUCCAGCAUGAGUUCUUUCAGUGGCAAAACAUUCAUUGUUGAGCAUCUUGACGAAGAGCUCGGGCCAUGGUCAGAGCUGGAGUAUCUCACCAUUGCUCAAGAAACGCAGGAUUCUCACGGGCAGUUUUUCCUAACUUCUUUGCCGCCGGCCCUCAAGCUGCCUGAGGGCCUGACAAGGCUUCAUGCCUUCCGUCCCGAGACAAGGGGGGUUGAAGAGAUCUAUGCCCAAGAUAAGACGAGGGUGUGCCUCUUGGACCCUUCCGCAUCAAAAGAUCUAUCCCCCGAGGACGGGGCGGCCUUUGAUGUUUUCCUCUUCGGAGGAAUACUGGGCGACGACCCUCCUAGAGAUCGAACCUCGGAACUCAGAAAGAAAGGCUUUGAGGGCCGCCGUCUUGGCUCGAAGCAGAUGACGACGGAUACGGCAGUGCGAGUCACACGUCUGGUUGUCGAGGGAAAAGUUCCCUUGCCAGAUAUUCCUUACGUAGACUUUCCAGAGUUGCGAUUCAAUGAGCAUGAGAGUACCCAGAUGCCUUUCCGCUACGUGAUAGACGCAGAGGGAAACCCCAUCAUGCCAAAGGGUAUGGUGGAAUUGAUCAAGAAAGACGCUGACAAGGCGAUCGAUGAUCUCUUUUGAAUGGAACUAAGUGCUCGUUGGAUACGCCAUUCUGAGGACGAAGCCAGAAGAAUCGACCGACUCUCAAUCUAUCGCGUGGGACUGGAAAAAUAUAUCUGGCUUGCUUUACUCUGGCUUCGUGAGCCGCUCGUGUGCUCUUAUCUUAUCAACCCC